AUGCCCAGGCGCCAUCGCAUCACUGCUCGACAAUCGAUCACUGCUCAACAAUCGCACUCUGUGUAUCGACGAUCCAGAAAGCUCUACUGGGACUAUCAAUUUGGUAAAUUGGCCUUUCCAGAAGAUGGUGAUUUUGGACAAGCACGAAGCAGGUUUAUUGUCUUCCAAUCAGAGGCAGCAAGCCUGUUGAGGCUGUCGCAGACUUUGUCCGGGAACACAUCCCUCAUUCCUGCUCGCUACUUGACCAGGCAUCUUGUCCCUCUGGUCAUUGGUGCACUAGCACACUCGGCCAAAUCCGCCUUAGAUGUCAUGUUGCUAAUGCGAGAUCUCACAACGUUUCGCUUGCACAUGCGAUGUGAUUGCCUUUUCUACCUCCGCAAAGUCUACAAGACGACUAUCGAAACGGAGCCAACUGUUCGGCGAAUGUUCGACCAAGAGAUUGAAUCAGCUGCUGAGAUCGGGCGCUGGCCAAAUAAAAUGCCAAGUAAUGUCCUUGUCGCCCUGUUGAAUCAUAGCAACCUCCAUACCUGUCAAGACAUUAUUGACUCGGUCUUUGCUCGUUACGAUCCAGUGCCUUUGGUGCUACGCCUCGCAAUGAUGGACCAUUAUACAUAUCAUCAGCAGCCCAAGCAGGCCUUGGAUAUUCUCGCACGCCUGUCACCCGAGGAGUUGAAAGCAGCCACGCCAGACUUGCAUCGCCGAUUUUACAAUUUACUCAAGAUUGACACUGUCGAGAGCUCAUCCACUGGGCUGAAUUUCCAGAUUCUGCCCGCGUUGGUGGCGACUGGUAUUCCACUAGACGAUGCUUUGCACAAUGUCGUUCUAGAGCGCGCGGUCGCCUUGGGCCUGCCAGAUGUCGCGUGGGAAGUUUUCCGAUUUAUGGAAGGCAAUCACAUCACGGUGGAUGCUAGAAGACAUCUGGUACUUUUACGAAGCUGUUUCCAGCGCGGUGAUCUCGAAGGCCUCAAUCGGAUCAUGUCCAGUAUCCACCGGAGUCCCGACCUUGUGAAGGAUCCGUUUCUCGUCUCCUAUACCAUGAAUAUCGUCAGAUAUGUCUGUUACUUCGAACGAAAACUUCCAAUGACAGAGUCAUUGGCGCACAUAUUGGCAGUUUAUGACCGAGUUUACGACCGAGGUCCGUUGGUUAAGCUGGCUAUUGUUGAUCCCUUACCUCCAAGCGAGACAAGGCUGACGACAACAAUCCCAGAUGGAAUCCAAUUGGCUUUCACGCUUUGGACUUAUAUCCUAGUACAGCAUUCAGACCACCGAGUGUCACAUCUCUGGCUUCAAUUCGUCCACUUGGUCAACAUGGGGGAUCCGGAAAUGUGCGCUGUGGCUGCUCAUGAUGUCCUAUACAAUGGUCUCAUCACCUAUUGGGGUCGCAACCCGGAGACCUUGAUCAACGCGGUGGAAACGCUGGAAGAGAUGGAACGAUUGAAUUUGUGCGAACCUACGGAACUGACCUGGGUUUUGCUUGUUUCUGCAUUCACGAGACAUGGGCAGCAAACCGCGGCCGAGAAUAUCAGGCAGAUGAUGAAAGUGAGGGGAGUCGAUCCUCAAAUGUCACAGUGGAGGUUUCUCCUCGAUCACAAUCCAGGGUCAGAGCUCGCGUCUCGCAUUGAGGCAGAUUUUGAUGCGAAAGGAAUUCCCUCUGGUCUCCCUACGACCGAGUCUCCCCAUAACCAUGGACAGGCCACGGGGGACUAG